AUGCGACAGCCAAACAAAUACCCAAAAUGUACCAGCAGCACAGUUGCCCUUUCCCACCGCCAUGUCUCUGCCAACCCCGUCAUGCCCUCGCAGCUGGUCGUCGAUGUCUGCGUAACAGUCCUCUGUGUUUCUUUAUCUGCGUUUUUGCGUGCGAGGAGUCCUGCUGGCAGGCCUCACGACUCAACCGGACCGCUCUCUCGAGCAUAUAUUCUUCGAAAUCAGGUUACACACGCCCGACUACUUCCUGUGGAAUCCGUCCAUGCUUUCACCUAUUCGACGCUUUGUCUUCUUAUGUCGUUGAAUGCUUUAGAGGAGCACCGUCUCGAUCUUGGAGGAGGAUGGAUUUUUGGAUAUGGUGGAAUAUGGGGAAGGAUUGUGGGACUUCGAUCUAAGCCAUACCUGACGACCCAACCAGGGACCAUCCGGAAUAAAUUGGAGAUGCUGCUGGGAGAGAGGGGCUUAGCCAACGUCUUUACUGAUACCUGGAUGAUGACUAUGCCGGCUUUCAUGGGUUUCGAGGGCAUCAAUCCCUUGACUGUUUAUUUCUGUUACGACGAGAAGGAGGAGUUUUGUUUAGUUGUUCUAGAGAUUCAUAACACAUUUGGAGAAAGCCACGUCCAUGUCCUGCAAGUCGGUACAAACGAGGACGAGAUUCCUGCGACUGGAUAUGACCACCAAUGGACAUUUUGCCGCGAGUUCCACGUCUCGCCCUUCAACGAUCGUUCCGGCUUCUACGAAGUGUCGGUGAACAACCCUACACACCCACCUACAUCAACGCAUUUCAUAUCUGCCCCUGCACCGAGGCCAGCCGUACGGGUUCACUUAUACACAGCGGGCGAGGACAGCACGAAGGGACAGUUGAAGCUGACAGCUCUCCUCCGGCCUACUUCCGCAACUCCUCUAACAGCAUCCUCCCUCCUCUUCGCUGUGAUCCAAGCCCCCUUUUCACUUCUUUUGACAUUACCGCGCAUUUUAUACGUUGCUUGGGUCCUCCACUACACCAAGAAACUAGAUGUAUUCCUUAGACCACCCCCUAGACCUGCCACCAAAGACUGGGAUGCCGGAAUUUCCGACACCUCGUCUCCUAGUCUCGCAGGUGGCGUGAAAUGGCUGAAGGAAGGGACGCUGGAGUAUUUCGCGAGACGUCGGGUAGAGGGCUUCCUCGGCCGCCGCGUCAACGAAACUGGAAUCAAAGUCAUAUUCAUCGCAGCCGACCCUUCGAUUCCUCAGCGAACAUUUUCGCCCUCUGCACCCCCUCGCUCAUGUCUGACAAUCUCCUACCUCUCUUCCCAAAUUUUCACCAUCUUCUUCCUCACUCCUUCCGCCAAGCACGCCUUGCUCCUUGGAAGCGACUCCGAAGACAUCUUCCACGUCUCCUCGCGCAGCCUCUUCCUCUCUGUGUUCUCUACAACGACGAAGAUCUCGCUACCCUCGUCGCCCUCCUCCCCGAGACUCUCGCCGAAGCCCCGACCGAGCUACCCAGUAUGGCUUCAGCGCACGCGUUGUCAAAACCUUCCGCGGACACUCGCUUCGUCCAUACCAACGACACACUUCCUUGAUUCCGACACGCUUUGGGACUGGAUUGUAUGUGCAGCGGCCAUUUACACCCACCGAUACCUGGACGCCCUGGAGAAGUGGCUGUUCACUCUCGCACGGGCAAGGAUCGUAGAGGGCCAAGAGCCGUGGUUGCAGUGGCAGAGGGCGGCGGAGCUGGCGAUGAGUGAUGGUGGGUUUGCAAGCUGGAGCAGGAGCUUGAGUGGUGCGUCCGUGGUGGAGAGGAAAGGGCCGGUAGGGAUGUGGGCAAAGAUUGGGAGCGUGAGGCAAGAGAGCUAG